CGCGCGUUAUGGAUUUCUCCAGCACUGCUGCUUAACGGGGAUCAGGAGCUGCAGCUGCAGCAGUCCAACCACAUUAAAUCUGCUUCACCACUUGAUGCCGGUGACCUUGGCAGACGGUGAUUACGCAUUUCAGUCCUGCAUUGUGCUUUUCUGUUCACCAUGGCAUCAUCGGACGGGCUGGAUGAGGGUUGCGUGUUGCAGCGGGGGAGAUCUCAGAGUGACCCGAGCAGCAUCACCGAGGUUCGCUUGGGUGAAGCGCACAGAUCAGAUGUGAUGGACCAGCAGAGGGCGCUGCAUUCGGGUUGUUUGGUCUCAGGGGUUCGUACGCCUCCCGUCCGCCGCAACAGCAAGCUGGCCAGCCUAGGACGCAUCUUCAAGCCUUGGAAAUGGAGGAAAAAGAAAAAUGAGAAGCUGAAGCCCUCAGCAAUGGUGGAGAUGAAGGCAGCUGUACGACAGAAGAGAGAUGACCUCGUCAGGAGGAACCCCAGGGAGACUGAGACAGAGUCAGAUCUUGCUUGUGGGGGAAACAGUGAAGAUCCAGACACUCCAACUCACUUUGAUGGUGAGGACAGAGAUGAGGAGCCUGUGGCACCCCUGGCCAGCUCCAGUGAAGACCUGGGCAGCGAUUUAGAAGCCUCAACAGUACAAGAUUUGACUGAAGAUUCAAAGACAGUGGGAGAUCCCAGUCAGAGUGAAGAUGGAGGAGACGAAAGCGCCUCAAUAAGCGACCCCAGUGACGAGCAGUCGAUGGGGAAGUUGGAGGCUGUUGAAGCUAAACAGGAGCUGACAACAGCCCAGCCUCAGAGAGGAGCCAGCACCUCUCCUCUGCCCAACCUGCCAGUCAAACUGCUCACCAGACUGGGCAGUCUAGACAGUGGUCCUCCAGUGCCAGUUAAGAAAUCCCCAGCCACCUUACCUAGGAACUUCACACUUCCCAAAGACCCUCAUGGCUCCCUGUUAAGAGGCAGGAUCUCCACACCUACUGGGUCCCCACAUCUCGGGGCACUACAUUCACAGCUGCCCCCUAGCUGCAUCAUUGAGGAACUAAACAAUGCCUUGGCCACCAAACAUAGACAGGACAGUUUCCAUAUGAAGGAGGCACACUCAUCUCUGAAACGCCGGCUGGAUGGCCGUCUGUCUCACACAUCCAGCACAGAGAGGGAGCCUGCCAGGGAGUUGGAGAGCAAGAAAGAGUCUGAUGAGAACAAAGAGAACUGGCGUCUGGACGAAUACUUGAGUGACCAGGACAACUGGAAUGAGUCUCUGAUCUCUGGGACCCUCCCACGCAGGAUGAGGAAGGAGCUGCUGGCUGUGAAGCUUCGGAACCGGCCCAGCAAGCAGGAGCUGGAGGACCGCAACAUCUUCCCCGUCCGCAGCGACCAGGAGCGGCAGGAAAUCCGGCAGCAAAUAGAGAUGAAGCUGGCCAAGACUGAUGGAGUCCACCCCAACAUGCUGGGUAGCCGAAUGUUUGCAGCCAACUUGCUGCACGCCAUACAGUCAUCUCCACGUGACUGACUGUUUACUGUCCACGCACACACACCCCGAUACCCCGUUUCCUCUACAAUGCCACCUCAGAGUGCCGUUUCCCAUGAGAACUCCCCCUACUGGCUCUACCUUCUUCAGCUGUUAGUCUCCCCAUUCAGACUAUUGUGACAGACAGGUUAUCCCACCCAAAUGGCUGUUUCAAAGCUGCAAACAUAAACAAUCUCUCUCUUACAUAAAACAAUGUGUCCCUGUUUCCUCAUCACCUGCCACCAUGUGUAAUCUGGCUCUUCUAAAUGUCAAGUCUCUCUCAAAUAAGUCUUUCAUUUUGAAUGAUUUUGUCUCUUUUAAACUUCUAUUACCUGUUUCGUACUCCCAUACAAUAAACCCUUCCACAGCUAGCAAUUUCUCUGACGCUUAUAUAGCCCCUUCCCUAUCCUGCUACAUUGAGACCCGCUCCACCUGCCUGAGCACAGAGGAGUUCAUCACCUGGCUCAACUCAAUCUGUUUAGACAUCUUGGACUCUGUUGCCCCACUCGAAUUCAGAAAACCUAAAACUAAAACUCAAAUUAUCAGAUUAUUUCCAGAAAUUCCCACUCUCCCAAAGAACUAUUUGACACAAUCAACACAGUCCUUAACCCUGCUGCAACUGCCUGCUCUGUGCCAACCAGCCACGUGUAAACUUCUUCACGAGUAAAAUUGACAACAUCUGAUCUGCAAUUUCACCUCCUCCCUACAACCCCUCCGUCCUCCUUCCUUGCUCCACUGUCCUAAGUAAGUUUGAGCCUGUGUCUCUUGCUCAUAUUAACAGUAAUAUAAUAACAAUAAUUGACAGUCUCACACACGAAGCUGACUACUUUCCCCCUGGACAUUGUUCCUACGUGCCUUUUGAAGGAAGUGUUUUGACACUGUUUAGUCUAGCUAACGGUUCUGUUCCCUCUUGUUUUAAACAUGAGGUAGUACAUCCCAUCAUUAAAAAGCCUAACUUUGAUGCAACUGUUCUAAACAAUUUCUGGCCUAUUUCCAAGUUGCUAUUUUUUAUUUUUUUUUAUUUAUUUAUUUUUUUUAUUGAAGGAGUAAAACAACAUACAUUAAUACAAUCAAAGAUACAUUUGACUUCCUUCUAUUUCAAAUAUAACAACAACACCCCCUCCCCACCUACCCAAACCUAUCCCUUGCCUAGACAGCUUAGCUACAACAAAACAGCAUAAUGUCUGACAUCUUUUCAAGGCAUGGACCCAUGCAUACCACUACAUAGUGAUGAUAAUAUUAUUACAAUAAUAGUAUUGCAGUGUGAAUAGAUAAAAGAAAAAAUAAUGAUAAUAAUAUUAAUAAUUGUUUUAGCCAUUCUGUGAGACAAAUUACACUGAGGACAAAACAUCAAAUACAGCAUCACAAAAAAAAAAGGUAAAGAGAAAGAUACAUAUAUGGAGAGUAAAAAAUUAACAACUGGGUAAUUCUUUCAAAUUUUUAAAGUAUGACAAAAUGGGUUCCCAUUUUGAGUAAAACAUGUCCACCGAUCCCCUUAAUGUAAAUUUAAUCUUCUCUAAUUUUAAAAAGGACAUAACAUCUUCUAGCCAAUCUGUCACAGAAGGAGAGGUAGGGGAUUUCGAACAUAACAAAAUUCUUAUAAAUAAAGCCAAUAAAGAGGUGUAGGCAAUAAUGUCCCUCUGGGAUGCAGUUAAAGAAAUUAUCAUAGUGUCACUGGGGGUUCCAAAAAUACCUAUUGAAGGACAAGGCUGCAAUAUCACCCCAAGGGCAUCACUAAUAGUUUUAAACACCAAUGCCCAGUAAUUAUUUAGAGAGGAGCAAGACCAAAACGAAUGCGUCAGACUGGCUGGGGAAAAAGAGCACUUAUCACAGGCUGCAUCUACUCCAGGAUAUAUUCCAGCUAACCAUGCCUCGCUCAGGUGAACCCUGUGCAGCACUUUGAAUUGUAUGAGCCCUAACCUAACUUAAGAUGAUGAUGAGUGGACCUUUUUAAGCGCCUCCCUCCAGAAAGUUUCAGAUAGCUCAAUGCCCAGUUCAUCUUCCCAUCUGGAUUUAAUUUUAUCCAGAUUGUACUCUUUCAAAGACAUGAGCUGGGAGUAUAAAAGUGAAAUCAAUCCUUUAUUAUAAAAAUUGAGAGUAAGAUUAUCUAAAGGUGAGGUAGGAGGAAGGUCAGGGAAGGAUGGGAAUUUAUUUUUAACAAAAUUGCGAAUCUGAAUAUAUCUAAAAAAGUGGUUUUGUGGGAGAUCAUACAAUCUGCAGAGGUUCUCAAAACUGUUGAAUAAACCUUCAGUAUAUAGAUCUUUGAUGCAUUUCAACCCGGAAACUACCCAUUGUCUAAAUGAUGAGUCCAGUGUGGAGGGAGGGAAUAAAUGAUUUUUGUAAAUAGGACCCAAAACCGAUGCAGAUGUAAAUUUAUAGUGACAACGAAAAUGAUUAAAGAUCUUCAGAGUAGAAAGUACAACAGGAUUGGAUGUGAAUCGAGAAGCUUUCAAAGGCAAGGAAGAAUACACUAAAGCUGGAAGAGAAGAAGAGUGACAUGUAUGUGCAUCAAUUAAACACCAAUUUGUUUCUGAGCAUUGAAGCCAAAAUAAUAUCUUCUGAAUAUUUGAUGCCCAGUAAUAAUUAGUAAAACUUGGGAGACCUAAACCACCAACAUCACGGGUCCUUUGAAGAACGUGUUUGUUAACCCUGGGGAUCUUAUUUUCCCAAAUGAAAGAGGAUAUGGAUUGGUUGAUUAAAUGGAAAAAAGAUUUUGGCAAAAAAACUGGUAGGGACUGAAACAAAUAAAGGAACUUGUCAUUUUCACUGAAUGUAUUCUUCCAGCUAAAGUAAGGGGAAGACUAUGCCAUCUUUCCAACUCUGCCUUUACUUCUUUUAACUGAGCUUUAUAAUUGGCUUCAAACAAAGAAGAAAAGGAGCGUGUCAUAUGAAUUCCAAGGUAUUUAAACCCAUCAAGAGAAAAACGGAAGGGUAAUGAUUCUUGUUGAAUUUGUAAGGCAAAAUUAUUAAUGGGGAAACAUUCACUUUUUUGGAAAUUUUAUUUGUAUCCAGAAAAGUUACCAAACCGACUUAAUAAUGAUAUAAUUAGAGGACAACUAGAUAUGGGGUCACUGAUGUAAAGCAAAAGAUCAUCGGUGUAUAAAGACACACGAUGUUCAAUACCCCCUCGCUUAAUUCCCCUGAACGCUGUUGAUGUUUUCAGAGCUAUUGAAAGAGGCUCAAUCACAAUGGCAAAAAGGAGUGGGGACAGUGG